AUGCUCUUUGUCCCAGAAGACUCAGAGCGCUCGUCAUAUCGCGGCUACGUGCGCGUAAACGACAAUGAGUUCAUAGUUCGGGUAUCAAACGUCAAGUACGAAGCUCAUACAGGUCGCAUCAUGCUUAACGAUGCGCAAUUCGACGUUGAACGAUCUCUGGCGGUUCAUUUAAAGCCUCAUAAUGGGACUCUGAAACUUCGAUUGGCGCAGGCAUCGUCUCUUGAAGGUUUUGCAGUAGAAUUGGAAGAGCUUGUUGCUAUUUAUUGCCGAAACCACAUCAACAGUCAAGCAGAACUACCUAGUGACAAGUAUUACGCGAGAAUGAUGGCUGAAUUAGACGUUGUGGGCUGGAAUCACUUAUUUCAACUAAGUGAUGACUUGCGCUCGCUAGAACUUGAGACAAAGGAUAAGGCAGGGCGAACGCACACGAUUCGGAUGAUUUUACCGUUGCAAUAUGAUCAAGGGCUUACUAUAAAUCCAGAAUUUAUGUUUCGGUACUUUUUGGACAGGUUUCAGGGUUUUUGGGAUGUGCUAGACGCACUGGAUGCAGCGACAUGUGUUUUGGAGCCGCAUAGUCCUGAUAGAGCCACGGGACGACGAAGGUUGGCUCUCGAACGGUAUGCUUCGGUGCAGUUUGAAGUGGACCCAGCACACCCCACUGCGAUGUUAGAGGGCCUGAGUUUUUUUGGCAAUGAAGCGAGUGUGAAAGUGCUGCGCGAGCGCUGGAGCAGUGCACCGAGCCAAUGGGAUGAAGCAAAGUCAUUGCAGAAAAACCUAGAGAACAUUUUGAAAGUCACAUUUCCAUCGCCGCAGAUAACCAAGCCGGAUCAGUUUGCGGUGGAGUGCGGUAUUUGCUAUUUAUAUCGUUUGGAAGACGAGGAAGAUGAGAAAAACCAGGAAUUAAAGCAAGGAUCUGGAAUUGCUUUGGUGCAGCAAAAGACGAUGCCACAACAAGGAUCUCGUAUUCCGGACCGACUCUGCGAGAACGCGAAAUGCAACCGACCAUUUCACGCGAAAUGCCUCUUCGACUGGUUGCGUGCAUUGCCUACGUCGCGUCAGUCUUUUCACACUGUCUUUGGUGAAUGCCCCUAUUGUCGAGAAGCAAUAACCGCCAAGUUUUAG